AUGUUGAAAUUCCGGUAUCCUUUACGUUGUUUAUAUGGGUCUUUGGAAUGGAAAGGAUUGUAUGUACAUUCACAUAUGAUAAACAAGAAGCAGUUAUGGACAAAGGCUAUUCAACCAAAUUCAUUAUUGACCAGAGUACUAAUGCAAUCAUCUAAACGUUUUGCGGAUGCAGCCAAUCCAUUGCCAUCAACUGUUGACUCAACAACUGUGGUACGAAAACCGGUUCGAAGACGUAGACCGUUAACUUCAGUUUAUGAUUCGACGUAUCCAAGAGGACCGGAAAUCAUUGGUGUAGCAAUGGCCGAAUCCUUUAGAUUGCUUGAUUUACUUGAUGACGAGAAUUUGUUCAGCUUAUAUAAUUGUACGCAUAUCGAUGAAGGUACAUGA